CACGCACUGGUAUAUUUGGUGGCGCAUUGCCAGUCCACGACGUUCUGGGUACGAGUAGGCAUACGAGUACGCUCUCAGGUGACAAACCGAAAGGAGUUUUACCGGGAGACCAGGAAGAUUUGUUUCACUCAGCUGAUAUCGAAGAAGGCCCAACACCUUCCUCUGACUAUAUUUUGAAGUAGAGCAGAAUUAAGCAUCGCCACACUCAUUUUCGCAGAAUUCAAAAUCCGUGAGCAGUGCCACCAAGUACAACACUCAGGAUACAAGCAUGGUGCAAUCGACAAUGCUAUUCACAGCGCUAGGCGCAUGCUUGCUUCCCGGUGGGGUCCGGGCGUUUGGAAUGGAGAGCGUUCUGCCCGUUGCCCACGAUCUUCACACCCACCUGCCGGUUGCGAUCCACCAAGCUUCGUCGGCGUUCCCGGCGCUGGGAACGAGUCUGCCGUCGGGAAUCAUCGAUGCCUCGGCACACGCCGCACCGUCGGUUGGGAACGCAGCGAGCAGCAGCAUGCUCGCUUCGGUGGAGAGCCCAACGGCCAUCGGUGACCUUGCCUCGUCGUUGUUGUCGGACUAUCGAAAAGCCCUCGACGCGGAACCACUCAAGGUGAAAAUCAUCACGGGGUGCUUGCUGGCCAUUGUCGGAGAUGCCAUUGCCCAAUCCAAUACGCCCGAGGAAUACAACACGCUCCGGGCCGGAGCCUUUGUCGCCUUUGACGGCGUGUGGAGAACGGUGCAGCAGGUUACCUACGGACCCAUCAUUCAGACCUGCAACGGACAGUUUUCGCUUGGUCUACUGGGAUCCCUUCCCUUUUUACACGACAAACUGCAGACAGAGGACACCACGUUUCUUCUUGGAGCAAUAGAGCAAACCCUCGUGAGCCAAUUGGUUCUCAUUCCUCGUAAGUUUCUUGAUGUGUGCAUUAUAUUGGACCAUCCCUAGUCGAAAAGGAAUUGGAAUCUUCUGCUCGGAAUUCAGCAACAACAACUUACAGAAUACCUAUCGCCCUUUGUCUCUGUGAUUUUGUCACGCCAAUGUAUGUGCAGUGCUGUAUUAUCCUAUUUUCUACUCCGUCACAGGCUUUGUCCAGAGCCUGACAAUAGAACAAACAAUCCAAAGAGCGAAAGACACGUUCAUCACGCUGAUGAAACGCAACCUCUUGUUUUGGAUUCCGGUCCAGUUUGGUGCCUUCUACUUUGUUGAAGAAAACCUUCGUAAGUAAAAUAUAUGCAUUUCAAUCCCUCUCCAACACCAAUCAGAAGAUGUGCGCCCAUGGAAUGGUCCUCGAAUCAGCUGGGGGAUGCAAAACUUGUCGUCGUGUUUCGUUCUAACGCGCCCGCAUUUUUUUUCCGAUGUUUCCGUUUCCGCCAGAAAUUCCUGUGUUGACGGCCUGCGGAUUGCUGUGGACGGUAAUUUUGUCGGUCUCUGCCGGCAGCGUGAGUACGUCCUCGGAAGAAGAGGGGGUUCUGGAUGGUGCCACCGUCGAAGAAAAGAUGAUAUCGGAAGGUGUAGCCGUCGAUACCGGGGCGAGCUCGUUCUUUUCGAGGCUCAACCCGGCCGCCCGCGGUGGUACCGACGCAGCAGAGCCUUCGACGGCAACAACAUCGGCAAAGAACAGCAAGACGCUUUCGUAAGAAUACAAUAGAAAAGAAAGCCACACGAAAACAUUGUCGUUUCGACAAAUUCGAACCUUACCAACGGAGCGGCGAUCGCUCGCCAGCUCAACACUUUGCGUUCACCCCGUGCAAUCCCGAAACAAAGAACUAGAAUCGCGAGUAGAUUCUGGUUCCAAAUUUUUUCCAAAGCUAGCUAUUUCGCAAGACGAGUGAACUUGAUGUUUUAUCAUGAUAGAAGUGUAACUCGAUAAUGU